AUGACCUUAGGAGUUCGCCGCAGAUCUGGGUCGGUUGACACUCGACCCAAAUCUCAAACUAAAACGAUUGACUCCAGCCAAAGCAAAGACGACUUAACAUCGGCAAAUGACUGUCCGAUCUGUUUAUCUCAGAUCACCGGCCGGCCUAAGAUUUUAAGUUGUGGUCAUUGCUUCUGCAUGCAGUGCAUCAAUCAGUGGCUGGUGGCCCACAACAAAUGCCCCGUCUGUAACAGAUGUUUCGGUGUUCAGCGUGGGAACCAGCCCGAUGGAAGGAUGGAUGUUUCAAAUGAACCCUACAGCUUACCUGGCUACAAGGAGUCCACCUCCAUCAAGAUACAAUAUUCCUUUCCAGACGGCAUUCAACAGAAGGACCAGCCAAAUCCAGGGAAGCCAUACACGGGCACGAGGAGAAUCGCCUACCUACCUAACAACCAGGAUGGCAGAGAGGUACUUCACCUGCUCAAGAUCGCCUUCGACAAUAGAUUGAUAUUCACCAUUGGCAGGUCGAACACCACUGGUAGAGAUAACGUCGUCGUUUGGAAUGACGUUCACCACAAAACAUCAACCAGUGGAACGCAUGGCUAUCCAGACAGUGGCUAUCUCAAACGUGUUAAAGAUGAACUGCAAGCCAAGGGUAUAACUACGGAAUUGCUGUCCGUCAAGAAAUGA